AUGAUUACUCGCUUCUUGACGUCCGUCUCGACCGCUUUCUCUCCCUUCAACCCCAAGUCUGGCAAGACAGCCCGCAAUUUCCUUGCCCUUCUCCCGCCAAAUGCCCGCCAAACCAUGAAAAUCGAUAUCAAGCAACUACCCAGAGUCGAUGCCAACAAACCCGCUCUCUUGGCUCUCAAAUUCAGUACUGCCCUCUGCGCUUCCUUUUCUGACACGCCUCUUGCUUACACCGAAUCACAGAGNGAUGGCAAAGAGAUGAACCUUGAUUUGGAGACAUUGAAGAUCAAGGACAUCAUGACAGAGGUCGACAGACACUCGCGCAUGCUCGGCAGAAAGGAAGAGCUGGCUGGUUGA